AUGUUUUUCUUCCCUGCACCGCACCGCCCGUUCUCUGAGGAGAGGCAUCCUCCACCGGGUCCGCCAGCUAUCAUAGUACCAACAACUCGACGUCGCAGAGCCGAGUCCCUCAUAACAAUCAACUCAUUGAAAGUUCCGUCAAAAGAUUCGUCAAAAGGGUCAUCAAAGGCUUCAUCAAGAGAUUCAGCAAAUGAUCCAUCGAAAGAUUCUUUAAAAGAUUCAUCAAAGGCCUCAUCGAAGGCCUCAUCGAAAUUGUCGUCUAAGGCAGCUUCAUCAACACAAUCCCCAACAAUUGCUUCAAAAAUGUCUUUCACCCGCUCUAGUAGAGCCCCCCCUACCGUCAAUUCAACUACUUCUAUAGCCUCUCCUGCCCCUACGUUGGAUUGCUUGGAGAUUGUCUCAAUGACUCCAUCCUCUACCGUCAUAUCCUCUUAUAUUUCGCUGGUUCUACAUGUGCAGAAUCCAUUUGCAGAUAGGGCUGGCAUCACUCAGAAUGCCGUUUUCCUCCGCCAAGAGGAAGCAUCCCCUUGGUACAUACCUCCUGUACCUGUAAACGACGUCCCCACAAAUUUUCCUAUUCACUCCACUGCAGAUUCUCCGGCACAGGUCCCUGAAGAGUUUGAAAAUCUCUCCAAGAUCGUCUCCAUGACCCCACAAUCAAUCAUAUUGAACGCUAAUUUUGGCAACCCUUGGUAUGUCCUUGAGAUUCAAGAGACAGGCGACGGUAACCCAUAUUUUGCUCUGGUUGCGACAUAUUCCUACCAACUACUGUUGUCGAGUUUGAAAUGCCCAUCUCAGUUAGGCAUACGGACGUCCGAAGAAGUCGAGGAAGAACAGACUAUUUGUGGCUUAUACGAGCGUCACAGUCUAGCCUACCACGUAGAAAAACUAGGGAAAUUGACUCGUGUUGGUUAUCUAGGUGAAGAGGAUGUACGAGAUAACUCGAGGCGUGUAUUCAUCAAAAUGCUGGACGUGGAUGAUGAAACUGGGAAGAGAGAAGAAUUCGCCGACCGAGAUAUGGCUCUUGACUUAAUGCGCCAAGCAGACAACAUCUACAACGAAAUAACUCUGUUGGACAAAAUUCCUCUCCAUCCUUAUAUCAUGUCACCAAUUGGAUACGUCACUUUGGGAAGCGAGGAAGAAGGGGACAAGGAUGGGGACAAGGUCGUCGGAUAUAUCAGUGAUUACUACAAGAAUGGUCGACUGAGUGACUAUUUGUUUCUUCCCAGCCUACCCGGGAUGCCACGGGUUGCUAGGAAAAUCAAGCUUAUCCAGAAAGCGAAAUGGGCCUACCAGAUUGUGAGUGCCGUGAAACAUCUCCAGAGAAUGGCCCAGAAAUCAUUGGGGGACGGAGAACGUGGAUUUGGCUUGGAAAGGUUCAUGAUCGAUGAAUAUUUACAACUCCAUCUCAUCGGAUUUGGAGAUGAUGAAAAAGUCUCAAGAUUAUCAUGGAGAGUCCCCCCAGAGGCACGUAUCAGGGGCGAAUGGGAUGUCACCGUGGAAAGAUCUGGCGCGAAAAACAAAGUUGAGUGGAAUAAGUUAAUAUGGAAGCGUAAUAAUUAUGUCCGCUUGAUGUUUGAAAAAGAGAACUUGGCAGAGUUGAAAGAUAUUAAGGAUUUUGACCCUCCUCUUUGCUCUACUAUCAACUCUGUUCCGGGCAACAUCUGUAAUAGGAGCAGAAGAGAAGACAGCAAUACGGAUGGGGAUGGUGCCAGUGCAGAGGAUAUUAGGAAGGGAAUUAAUCGGAGGAAACAGUACUUCAAGGACUGGUCUGCCUUUAAAGAGUGGCGUGCUAUCCCCGGAGCUCUCGAAAUGGUUGAAACAUACUCUGUCGGAAUUAUGCUGUGGCUCCUAUUUGAGCAGGUCCCUCCCGAAACCAUGAAAUAUGGAGAAGAUAUCCCUAUAACCUGGACAGAGAGUGAGAUUUGGACGCAGUGCGGGCCGAUUCCCUUGAAAUGGCGAGAAAUCGUCGAGGCUUGUGUCAGAGUCAAUCCAUCAGACAGGGUAGGCUUGGAUGAAGUUCUGUCAACCUUUGUGAAGGAGGUUGGAAAACGCUGGGAUGUAGGUUGGGCAAUGGGAUGA